CUGCCGUUUUAAAGUGGGCGGAGACCUUCCAAUCCACCAUACUCAAUAAGCGUAAUUUACCAGUGAUGGAAAGUCGGUGGUAGGAGCGCGGAGGGUGCAGUGGAAACCUGUGCGUCAAUUAGAGCGCGUUCACCAGUGAGCAGCACAAGGUGACUGAAUAAGCUGUGGCAGGCAGCUUUUUGAGUUGUGCCUUUUGCUUGUUCAGAAGAUAAAGAUGGAGUGGCGCCAGCAGACCAGUCUCAGCUGUGCAGAGGCAUUUAACGAGGCUCAGCGGUGGAUUGAGGAAGUGACCGGAAAAUUGUUUGGCUGCAACAACUUCCGUGCUGCCUUAGAGAAUGGUGUCCUGCUUUGCGACCUGAUCAACCAGUUGAAACCUGGCAUCAUUAAGAGGCUAAACAGACUUUCUACUCCCAUUGCUGGCCUGGAUAAUGUGAAUGUUUUCCUGAGAGCCUGUGAGAAACUGGGACUGAAUGAGUCGCAGCUUUUUCAUCCAGGAGACCUGCAGGACUUGUCUACUCGUAUUACACUCAGGAGAGAUGAAGGCAGCAGAAGACUCAAAAAUGUCCUCAUCACUAUCUACUGGUUGGGCCGCAAAGCUCACCUAGACCCAUUAUACAGCGGUCCCCAGCUGAAUUUUAAGGCCUUUGAAGGACUGUUAGGUUUGGCCCUGUCCAAGACUUUAGAUGAGGGUGGUAAUGUAUUUGUGAAAGACAGCUGGUACCCAGAGAGAGGAGAAUGUCAGCGCAUGGGACCGAGCUGUAAGAGAGAGAACUCGGUGGACAGCGUUGGCUCUCUGGACUCCCGGGCUCUCCGCCCAAAUAGUGAAGGUUGUGGAAGUGAUGCAGAAGCUGAACAGGUGUUCAAGAUGGAGACUGCAGCCCAGCAAAUCCAAAACUCUAUCCCACUGCUACAAAGAAAACAAAGACUGGAGGACAAUGGAAAGGGCUGUGCCAGUCCACUUUCCAGGAGCAAAUCACUCAGUGACAUCCCGAUGGUAUAUCCUGUGCGUAGAGUUCCUAAGGAGAACACCAUUUAUGACGUGGGCCAGGACAUGAACACAGCAAGGGAGUGGAAUCAAGAAAACAGACAGAACAGCGUUACUGCUGAGGACACUGAAGCUCAGUGGCGUGAUGACCUGACAAAGUGGAAAGAUCGUCGCAGGAGCACAAAGCCUGACAUCCAUAGAAUGUCACAGGACAGAGAGCAUGUCAUUAACCAGAUGACUAGUGGGAUUGUAACUAACAUGGAGAAGAACGAAGGCAAACUGUUAAUGAGAAACCAGCAGUCGCCUCACAGGCAUAACCCUGCCCCCCUUCCUAGCGCCACCUCUCCCUCAUCACAAUCAAGCGCCAAUCUCCGGCCACGUACUCGAGCUCUGCUGGCCCGCAGCUACGCCACAGAGGCACCGUUCUGUCCCACGGCUUCACUUGGCCCCCAUAACUUGGCCCACUCUCAGGGAUCAUCUGUUGGAACAAUGCCUGCCUCUGAUAGGAACAUCCUGAGAGAAGAGACCCACUGUGCCUCAUUGGCUUCAGAUGGUACAGGAGUUACCACACCUUCUCCGGACCUCCCUUUCAGUUCCAAGACCAAAGUCAAAACCCAGGGCAGCCCAUCUGUUUACCAGACCCCAUCUGAACAAGCUCAGCCAGAAAAUGUUUUGACAAGGCAAACCUCCACACUAGUCACAACCAUACAGCCACUGGAGACAAGAAAAUCAACCACCAGGGAUGCAUAUAUGCUGAGUCACAAGGAGCUUCCAAAAGUUCCACCUGUUUUCCCUGAUGCAUCUGGUCAAACGGGAAAUGAGGUCAAAGAGAGCUUGUCCCAGGAGGAGAGCCAGAAGACUUCUUGGGAACCAGCUGAGGAGCAGGGCAGAGACCAGCAGGCUGCUGGCCUCUACAAAUACUUGUCCAGACCUGGGUCAUGGUCCCGCUCAGCAAGCCUUCCACGUGGUUUCAGGCGGUCUGAGGGCUCGACCCGUCUUUCUUCUGCAAUUACAGCUAGACCAUUUGGGACCAAACCGUGCAGGGUGUCCCCUCUGCCGAGACUGUUCAGUAUGGAUGACAACCAGGGACUGUGUCUGAAUAGUGAGGGAGAGAAUCCUCUUUCUCCACCCAGCCAAGUCGCCUUCCAGACCAGCACCUAUUACCAUCAAACCCAGCUACAAUCACAGCCUUAUUCAAACCCGCAGUCCAACAGCAACACAAGCACAGGUCUGCCAUCUACAAAGGUGGAUCACAGUGACAGGAGACUGAGCCUUACUCUUAAACCCAACAAUAUAGCAAACUUUGGUUUCCAGACUCACUGGGACUCCACAGGGGCAAGAGUGAAAUUCAUUCAAACUGGCAGUCCAGCAGAGCUUUGCCAGCUGUGUGUGGGCGAUGAGAUUGUGGCUGUUGAUGGAGUUGCAGUGGCACACAUGAGCUACAGCCAGUGGAAGGAUAAAAUGACACAUGCUCUGCAAACUGGCAGUCUGACCAUGGACAUUCGGCGCUAUGGCAAUAAGGACUGGCGCACCAGUGAGGGGAGCCAACAUAACCAGCUGGGCCAAAGCAGGAUGGCCCUCAACCUGACUGCAACGACACCCGUGAGGGUGGGUCGCCCUGAUCACCAUGUCAACAGUGAUGUGUCUGUAGAUACCACAGUUGCAAAACUGUCCAAAAUCAAUGGGCAGACAGACAAUGUUAUACAAGGUAAAGUCAUUGAUGGAGAGCUUGCUGACAGCCACAGGACAGCCAAAAGUAAAGGAGGUUCAGAAUCUGCAAUAUCAGAUCUCCAGGUGCCAUCCCUCAACCCCUCCACAUCCAGCUGGUUGUGGGACCCUGAGGAGGAUCGCAGGCAUCAGGAGAGGUGGCAGGCAGAGCAAGAGCGCCUCCUCCAGGAGCAGUAUCGACGGGAUCAGGAGAGGCUGGAAGCAGAGUGGCGAAAGGCACAGCAAGAUGCAAGGGGGGAGCUGUGCAUAAAGUCAGGGAAUACUUAUGAGAUGGCCAAUGGGAGUGAGAGCUCUGCCAGCACCCAGUUCCAUGUGAAUGGAUUGAAAAACAAAACCAAAGAAGAAGAAAGGAACUUUAACAGAGAUGAGCUUAAAGAAGCUGGAUCCAAACCUCAAAGUAACGCACGAGGAGCACAGAAUGACAAGUUGACCAGACAAGAAUGGGCAGAAGACUCCUGUGGCUUUGCUCAGCUGUCUCCCGCACACAGGACAAAGUCCUUGUCUACCCCAGCAUUAUCUGCCCCCUACAAACAGAUAAGAGGUGAUCAGAGGAAAAGAAAAGGACAGUCACUGUCUAAGGCUGAGAAGGAAAGGCAGGAGAUUUUAGAGGAGAUGAAGCAAAGGACUCAGCUUCUGACUGACAACAGCUGGAUACGUUCUCGUAACCCCACCGGCAGUUUUCACAAAGAACCAGUCAAGGUUCCUCUGAAGAGAUAUGAUUCUCUGGACAACCUGGAUACGUUGCACGAGUCCCCAGUCUUGGUCACUACAUUCAGUUACCCUCGCCCACACUCAGCUGCUGCAGGUUACUCUACUCCGAGUAGGAACUUCUCCUCCCGCUACAGCACUGGAGCAAUAGUAUCCCAGAGAAACCCACCCACAGACUCAUCACAUCAUGCCAGGAUGCUCAGUGACAGGAGGACUUGCUGUGUGUGUGAGCGUACCCUGGGUAGUGGGGCAGCCAUGGUCAUAGAGGCCCUUAAUCUCUGCUUCCACCUCUCCUGUUUCCAGUGUGUGGGCUGCCGACGACGUCUCAGAGGAGCUAAGACUGGAGUCCAGGUUCGAAUCCGAAAUGAGAAGCCCUACUGCGAGCCCUGCUAUUUCCAACUCAAGUCCACUGGUUCCCCCUCCAUGUGACCAGCAUGCCAUACUCCAGAUUAUAGAGCAAGCAUCUGAACCACUGGGAAUUCCUGUUGGAUAAAACUGGCACCACAGUGGAAACAUUGUCCUCACUAUGACUUCUGUGGCUUGGAGUAAUUUCUAGUAAAACUAUAAAAUCUGUGGCUCCACAUGUAAAGAUUCUUAAUGGCUAAAGUGCAAAUGGGGUUGAUAUAUUUAGUUUGUCCUUUUUCUGCUAACUUCCAAGAACAUUUAAGAUUAUGAAAUAAAGUAAUCAUGGGAAUUAUUAGCUUUUUAUUUUUAUGUAGUGUUGGUUUUUUUGUUUUUUUUUGCCCAAUGCAUUAAAAAUGUUAGAUUUGUUAAUGUAACACAUGCAUGGCGGCACAUUUUAAUUUAAAAUUAAGCACUUUGUUCUCAUCUCGCCAAGUGCACUUUUGAAUAAAUUAGUGGUGCGUGUGUAUAUAUAAUGCACGCUUCUCAUAUGACAGUGGGCAUCUUAAAUGUUUUUGUAAAUAAAGAGUAUAAAACAA